UCGACAUGGAUAAUUCUGGAUGGGAUCCAAAGCAAUUAAGUUUAUUAAUGGCUCAGGCUGUCUAGCUGCUUUUGAUGGGCCUAGAGUGCAUCCUUCACUCAAGAAAGGCAUAUUGGGGUGCGAGAAACUCCCCGCUUGCCUGCUGCCUUCAAGGCCCCCUAAGUUGUGAAAUGUCAGAGUGCGCCUUUUAUAUGAUAUUUGAAUUGACUUAAGCUGAGGUGGUACUUCCACAAUGGCGUGAAGGAGCUUGCUGUUCCCACGGUAACGAAGAGUUUCUCCUGUCCCCGGGCGGUUUGGUAGCUAAGAUACCUGCAACCGCUAGGCUCUCCCCUCCUUUUCAGCCCUUCCACCCUAGGUUGGCUGAAGUGUUUGCGCAAGAGGGGAGGCCAUUGCUUUCUAAAGGGAAUGGGCCUGGGUGAAGGGCAAGGCAGCACUUGUGCUGUUGACACAGCUUUUGGAUGCUUCAAUAAGGAAAUAACUCUUAUUUGCAUGCCACUGAGAGUCCAAACAAACAGUACAAAGCUCUCCAUCCAUCCAGGACCAAUCACAGGCAGGGUCGCCCAUUUCCAUGGGGAACGAAAAGAGGGACCACAAACUGCUGGCCACAGCUCCUUUGCUCUCCCAACACCUGAGUUCCAACAAACAGAGGAGGCUAAGGACAGGCUGAUUUGAUGAAGCAGCUUCUGUUGUGACAGGAAAUGGACACGGACAGUUUAGCCGCAAGCCUCCAGCUCAUCACCGAGCAAAGGAACAAGGAAGCACCGCCUGAGUUGGGCCCUGUACCUCAUUCUGAAGGCACCUCAAAAUACGAUGAAGAUUUUUUCUCUGGGCUAAGCCCAGAAGAGAAGGACUGUCUAGAGAACUUGCUGCAGACAAUUGACUCCUUGGAUGAGGAUCUUUUAGAUGAUGAAGAAGAAGAAGCAAAAGAAGAAGAAGAUGAAGUUAGUCAUCAGGAACUGGCAGAACCACUAGGUGCUGAGGACCAAUGCAAGGACAGUGUUGACUCCAGGGUGCUUCAAAGUACGUCUGUGGAGGCAGCCUCAGCCAAGCCCAGUUCUCCUCGCCCUGCCCUUUCCAAGAUUAAAAUGACCAAGUCCUUUUCGGAGGAAUCAGCUGACAUCACUCUGAGAAGGAGCAGGCCCAACCCUUCUCCUCCCAGAGGGCCUCGUAGAUUGGCGGAAUCUCACCCUGCUUACUUCAGGAAGUUUGACACAAUAAUGAGGUCAGGAGUCAACGUCCAAGAGCUUCGUUCUCGCUUCCUCCACCACCGUGACAUCUCCACUGCUGUCAGAGGGCCAACAGAGGGUGCUGUGGGAACAGAUAAGCAGCCGUUGCCAUUGCCUGGAGGCCAGAGGUCCCCUAGGGAUGAAGCCCUGCAGAAGUUGGGCCUCUUCCAGAGAAUUUCUAGCGUUCCGAACAUGAAAAGUCCUCUGGUGCCCAUGGUGGGCCAGCAUGCCCAGGAUUCACAGGCUGAAAGUCUGAACCACACGGGAAUGGCAGGCUCCAUCAGCACCAUGGAAAAGCCUGUGAAAUAUUGCACACACCCCAAUCUCUGAGAGGUGAGAGACUCCAAGCGUUCCAGCCCUGACCCAGGUUUUGGUUUCCUUGGAAUGAAGGCCAGUGGAGACUGG